AUGGGACUCCUAGCUGGGUCGCACAGUAUUCGGAUUAACAUUGUGAACAUUGUGGUUACGGAUUUGAUUGAUCCAGCAGUUUCCAUAAGAGUAAUUGAUAUUAUUGAAAUGAGAGACUAUAGAAUAAAAGAAUUAGAUACG